AUGCGUCUCGCCGUCCCGCUCGUCCGCGCGGUGUCGACCUCGGCCUUAGGGUCCGCGGCGGCGUCGCUGAAGGUGGGCGACGCGCUGCGCUCGGACCGGCGGCGGUUCACGGAGGGCGACGUGGCGGCGUACGCGGCGUUGAGCGGCGACCGGAACCCGGUGCACCUGGACGAUGCUGUCGCCCGUGGGGCUGGCGGGUUCUCUCGCGGCCGCGUGGUCCACGGAAUUCUCGCCGCCUCCCUCUUCCCCGCCCUCAUCGCCUCCCGCUUCCCUGGAGCCGUGUACGCCAGCCAGUCGCUCAGGUUCGCGGCGCCGGUGCACGUCGGCGACGAGGCGGUCGCGGAGGUGAAGGCGCUCAACAUCAAGACCAGCGGCGGAAGGCACAUCGUCAAGUUCUCCACCAAGUGCUUCACCAUUGGUGGUGAUGAAGACGACGAUGAGGAGGGGACUCUCGCGAUCGACGUUGAGGCCAUGGCGUUCCUGCCCACGCUGCAGCUCAGCUCGCAGGGCAUUGCUGACUGA